AUGUCUUGGAUAAAAAAUGUAACAGAAUCUCCGACUUCACUGAUUAAAAAAGUUUCAUGUGGUUUGAUAAUUGCUGCUUCUCUAUAUGCCAUUGCACCCAGCCUAAGUGCGCUAGUCUUUGGGGAUUCUAAGCAGAGUAUUGGGAAGUACACGACAGUGGGCUUAAUUAAUCGUGGGAAUGAUUGCUUCAUAACAUCAUCUUUGCAAGGCCUGGCUGGAAUACCUCGAUUUGUAGAAUAUUUGAAACGGAUAAGAACGGUCCUUCUAGAAUUAGAAACUAAGCUGUCAAAUAAUGCAAAAGGCGACAAUCCUACAGUUGAUAACACUACAAGGCAUAGUCGACUUGAAAACUCGUCUAAUUCACUUGCCCCCUUACACGAAAGUCUUACCAGUUUAAUUUUGGAUUUGAUAUCUGUAAAAGAUCGUAAGACGUCAAUUUCUCCGAAAAUAGUGAUAAACACAUUAGAGUCCAUCUUUAAAUCAAAGAUCUCAUCCAAACAAAAUGAUGCACAUGAAUUUACAUUAAUAUUACUACAAACAUUACAGGAAGAACGAUCAAAAUUGAUCGAUUACAGUAAACAGAUAUGUAAUUUGAAUAUACCAAAGUUUCCAUUUGAGGGCGAGACUUCCAAGUUUCUAGUAUGCCUUAAAUGCAAGGGUCUAUCAGAACCAUCAUACAAACAGACUUUCAUCCGCGAACUGUCCGUACCACAACAAACAUCAGAGAAUCUAUCCAAUAUUCUAGCACACGAUGAAACAGAAAUCAUAGACGACUAUUCAUGCCUGAUCUGCCAAAUAAGAGCAAUCUUAAACCAUGAAGAAUAUAGAAAUUUCAAGGACUGUACCCCGGAUGAAAUUUUAAUGUUGGACAGAUUGAAAAAUUAUGCCACUAAAGCCCCAAUUAACGAAAAUUUACCAUUCGAAGUAGAACAGUACGUCAAGCGUUACUCAAAGGGCAAUUUGCAGGUAUCUAAUAUAAAGGGAAAGGUCAUCAAAAAAGAUGUAGUAGUACAACUGCCAGACAUAUUAAUUGUUCACUUAUCGAGAUCCACAUUCAAUGGUAUUACAUAUUCUAGAAAUCCCUGCAAUGUCAAAUUUGGAGAAAGAAUAACACUUUCUGAAUAUACAUUGGCUGAGAGUGGGACAAUAACAGAAAACAGGCAAGUCAAAUAUAAUUUGAAAAGUGUUGUGAAACACACCGGUUCUCAUUCGAGUGGACACUAUAUGUGUUACAGACGCAAGACUGAAAUUCGUUUCGGGAAGGAGGAUGAAUCUUCCUUCAGAAGAGCACCAGUUGUCAACAAUGAAGUUAACAAGAAUCGCGAGCAAAACGUUGCACAUAAUGAUUACAAAAAAAGCAGAUAUAAAAAAGUCAAAAACGCCCUGCGGUAUCCUUAUUGGCAAAUAUCUGAUACCGCCAUAAAGGAAUCUACCGCUUCAACUGUCUUGAAUGAACAGAAAUAUGCUUAUAUGCUAUACUACGAACGUGUAAAUAAAUAA